AUGAAGGACGACUGCGCAUCAGUGGACCCAUUGGAUACAUCUAAUAAUGGGACUAAGAUAGAUCAGGAGGAAAUACUACAACCCACUAUUGGUACCUUCAACACGAAGAAUGAAAUUUAUGGGUUUGACAAUUUGGAGAAACUGGCUAAGAAGAAUGUGCCUUCCCUGCUGAAUGGUGUAGACAAUACAGAUGAUUUCGUGAAAGAAGCCAGCUCCCACUCCAGUCGGAACGAAAACUCUGAUACUUCAGAUGAUGCCAAGUCUGAAGGAAGGAACACUUCUCAAGCAGAUGAUACGAGUGAGAAACACAAGGAUAAGACAUUGAAAGGUGUUGCGAUGACGAUAUGGAAGGAUGACGGAUUCCAUGUUGUUUACCUUUUCGGUAGAGUGUUCGUUAAGAUUUCUGUAUGCUUUCUUGCGAUUGUCGGUUUAUAUUGGGGUUCAAUGUUCGAUAGGCCGUCAAGAUACAAGAACUUGAACACAUUGGUGCUUCUGGCAGAUUCAGCGUUUGAAAAUGCAAAUGGCACAACAAUACAGCCUUUAGUGAGUGAUGCAUUUAUCGACAUGGUAACCAAUGAUCCUUUAGUGAAGUCUCAAUUAGGCUGGAAAGUAGGCUCAAUGGAAGAUUUCAAAAAGCAGGCACUGGAAAACAAUAAUACAGUCGAGGCUGAAAUACUUAAACAAGUUCACCAUCAACAGUGGUGGGCUGCAGUUUACAUCAAGGAAAGCUCCACACAGUUAAUAUAUGACGCACUUGCCAGCGGUAAUUCGUCUUUUGCGAAUGGAACCAGUGCCCAGUUAAUUGAUGUCAUAUUUGAACAGGGUAGACACUAUUCGUCACUAACACAAUAUGUGCAGAAGCAUUUGGCAGCAGCGGAAGAACAGUGGGUUGGCUUCUACACGUCUGAAAAGAUAUUCAAGCCAUUAAUAGGAAAUUUGUCUGCGGAACAGCUUACUUCAUUGGUAAAUUCCAGUACUUCCUUGCCGCUUUUGAGCUCACCCCCGCUUUUCAAUUAUAUCGAUAUAUCUAAGAACUUGAUUGCAUCCAUGUUAGGUCCAAGUCAAUUAGGAUUAAUUUAUGCCCAAAUUUUCAGCUUUCACCAAUUCAACUUUUCUUUACAGAUGCAUCAAUACCUCAAGGGACGUUUACGUUUAAACCAUUACAUCGUUUACAGAUUGCUUGCAUCUCAAGUUAAUUAUUUGGUUCUUUCAUUAGUGUAUGCAUUAGUCACUAUAGCCUUUCGGGUUCCAGUGUCACACGUUUUUGGAUAUUCUGGAUUUCUAGUACUAUGGAUGUUUAUGUUCUUAUUUAUAUCUGCAUGUGGGGGCAUCAAUGAGAACAUGGUACUAUUGUUAUUCUCCUAUGGAAAAGUCAGCUACAUUCCAAUAUGGAUGGUGGUGUUUGUUAUUGUCAAUAUAUCACCAACAUUCUCUGCGUUGGACUUAUGUCCUAGAUUCUAUGAAUAUGGAUAUGCAUUACCUAUGUUCAAUGUCUUUGAAGCAUUGAGAGUAGUAUUCUUCGAUACAUGGAAGGGCGCACUAGGGAGAAAUAUAGGAGUACUAGUAGCAUGGAUAGUACUAACUAACAUAAUUUUAUUGUACACUAUCAAGUUAGGGCUGAUAAAGGAAGAAAAGGAGAAAUUAGCUAAAUCGAAUGCAAAAGAUAAUGAAGUUAAACAGUAA